AUGGCGGCGCGAACGGCGCGCGGUCGAACCGCGGCGUCGCGCGGCGCGCUCGACGCGCGCGGGCGACGCGAACGGGCGAGAGGCGCGACGAAAAGCGCACCGGGACUAGGACGGGGACGGGGACGCGAGCGACGCGCGGCGACGACGGACGACGACACGAUCGUCGGCGUCGCGACGGCGGUCGUGGGCGCGGUGGGAGGCGUGGCGAUCGUGCGGCUGAGCGGAUCGGACGCGCGGGCGAUCGGGGGGCGGGUGUUUCGACGCGCGGGCGGAGCGACGCGGGCGAGCGCGAGCGCGAACGCGGCGAACGCGUUCGACGAGAGUCAUAAGGCGACGUACGGGGUCGUCGUGGACGGUGAUGGGGAGAUAAUCGAUGAGGUGAUCGCGUUGGCGUUCAUAGCGCCGCGGAGUUACACGGCGGAGGACGUGGUGGAGUUGCACUGUCACGGCGGCGCGGUGUGCGUGCAACGCGCGAUGGCGCGGUGUUUGGACGAGGGCGCGCGGUUGGCGAGGAAUGGGGAGUUUACGUUGCGAGCGUUUUUGAAUGGGCGGUUGGAUUUGACGCAGGCGGAGGCGGUUCACGCGCUGGUGAGCGCGAAGACGACGGCGGCGGCGGAUAGCGCGUUGGCGGCGAUGCGAGGCGGGUUGACGACGCCCGUGAGCGAGGCGAGACGCGCGUGCGUAGAUUUAUUAGCCGAGCUCGAGGCGAGAUUGGACUUUGACGACGAAAUGGUGCCUUUGGACGUGCGGGCGAUCGAAGCCAAAGCCGCGGGCGCGCGAGAGACGAUUCGAAAGGUGCUGACGACGGCCAAACGCGGCGCGCUCCUGGAGACGGGCGUCACCGUGGCCAUCGUCGGGCGCCCAAAUGUGGGCAAGUCGCGCUUAUUGAACGCGCUCACUCGAAGUGAACGCUCGAUCGUGACCUCGCGCGAAGGCACGACUCGAGAUGUCGUCGAGGCGUCGGUGAACAUUGGUGGACUUCCCGCCACGCUCUUGGACACGGCGGGCAUACGAAGCGAAACCGACGACGAAGUCGAGAAAAUCGGCGUGGAACGUUCUCGCGCCGCCGCCGCGGGCGCUGACAUCGUCGUGCUCGUCGUCGACGCCGAGCGCGGAUGGGUGAGUGAGGACAGCGCUAUUUGGCAGAGUGAAAUCGCGAAUAACGCCCGCGCGCGCGGUUCAUCCGUGCUCGUGGUGAACAAGACGGACAUCGCCGACGCGUCGAACGCGACGCCGCCGCCGGAAGUUCUCGAAAGCUUCAGCACCGUCGUUCACGUGAGCGCGGCGACGGGCGACAAUUUAGAACAUUUAGAGCACGCCAUCGUGCGCACGGUGAGCGGCGGUGAAGUCGACGCCGAGGGUGGCGCGUGGGCCGCCAAUCAACGUCAGGCCGAGGCGCUGCAAAACGCGUUGGAUUCGCUCGAUCGUCUUCGCGACACCAUCGCCGCCGACAUGCCGCUCGACUUUUGGACCAUAGAUCUGCGCGAGGCCGCGUUCGCGCUCGGUAGCGUCACGGGCGACGACGUCACCGAGGACGUGCUCGAUACGAUAUUCGAAAGGUUUUGCAUAGGAAAGUAGCGAUUUAUUGAA